AUGGCAGCCCAGCUGCCUCCCGGCGUGGCCAGCUUCGCCGCCGGCAUCUUAGUGUAUAGCUUCUUUUGUUUCUCCUUUGGCCCAUUGCUGCUGUACCUCACCUGGGCACAUAAUGAGCGUUUCAGCUAUAUUGCUAUGCUCACCUUCUUUGUGAGUUUACACACGGUUGCUUCGAUUAUGCAACAAAUACACACCAUUGUUGCCUUUAAAGACGUCAAGACCAAGGAGUGGGAGAAUAUUGCGGCCAAUGUCGGAAGCCCAGAGCUCAACAUCACCGGAGGUGCUACCGGCCUCGACCGUGUGCUCUUCUAUAUCCAGUACUACUCCUACAAUGUCGAGUCACUGCUGGUAUUCUUCUGGGCUGUGGCGCUGGCCAACAGCAUAUUCCAGCUGCGCAUCAUCAAGACGUACCGCUUUCACGCCAGUAUGGCUGCGAAGACGAUGGGUGCUCUGUUUCCGGCCGGCCAGAUGAUCAUCCUGCGUUUCUGCGGCCCCUACGUUAACACCGCUGGUUACAUGUUGACAGUUCCCAGUGAUGCCAUUCUCGUGCGCUACAUCCACUCGCGCAUCAACUUCGCCCCCUGGAACGUCGGUUACGGGCAGCCCAGCGGCAGCACGGGCCAGAUCAGCGGCACCGGCGCAAGUGGCACCAACAACAGCCGAGCUGUUCGCAGUCGUCGUCGUCGGACAACCAUCUAUGACAAGUGGCUCGUCCUGCGCUUUACCAUCGCAUUCUUGUCUCUUAGUCUCUUCCAGAUCAUCGUCGUCAACUUCCAGCUCCGUGCCGCCUCCCACAACAACGUCGCGAAUCUGCCCCCGGAGCCCGAUCUCUCCCCGGAGCGCGCCAAGGGCGACUUUGCUCUAUUUGCCCCGGCCGUUUCAGCCCCUCCGCUCGUCUUCAUCGUCUUCGGUACCACUCGCACCUUCCGCAAGUACAUGUGGGCGCAUUUCGUCCCUGCCAUAAUCCGCAACCCUAUCGAUGCGCGUCGACAGGCGAAGAAACUUGCCAAGCAGCGUGCUCAAGGAUACGCCGAGGGCAGCGUAUCUGGGACGAACCCCUGUGCCACAGCAGCGACGACCGCGACUGGCGGCUCGGUAACCGUUGAAAAUUCCGCAGGGAUUACAUACGGAAAGGGGAUGCCGAGUGCCAGCUGGAAGGACCACGAUCCCAUGGCGCAGAUGGAGAGCGGUCGUGCUGGUAUCGGGUUCAACGGUGGUAGUCACGGUCGAAAGACAUCACACGGGGGCAGUACUCGCGGAUUGCACAGGAGCAGUAGUGCCGACUACGGAGGAAAGAGAGGCUACGGGGGUGUUGGCUAUGGAAAUGGAUACGGGAGAGGAGGAUACGGCCAGUAUGGCGAUGAGGGAUAUAGGUUGCAGAACUUGAGUCCUGCCGCAAGGUGGAGGGAGCGGGAUGACUGGCCAGAAAGGCCGCCGCCUGUACCCCCCAAAGAUUUUCCUUAGUGCGUCGGCUAUAGUGCUUCCAAGCCUCUUAAGUGGAAUUACGCUAACGUCAGGGUGCUUUAG